AUGGAAGUUGUGGGCUGCAAGACAGAGGCAGGCAGUUGCACGUUGCGUCCAGGACCGGGAGCCAUGCUUUUCCACGGGAUCUCCGGGGAUCACAUCCAAGGGAUCAUGGAGGAGAUGGAGAGAAGGUCGAAAACGGAGUCGCGCCUGGCGAAGGGCAUGCAGCUCAACGGGAGAGAGUCGACCAUGCCUUCUAUGAGCCCGGAGAAGCCUGCUCUGUGUGCCGGCUGUGGCGGCAAGAUUUCGGAUAGAUACUACCUCCUGGCCGUGGACAAACAGUGGCACCUGCGGUGUCUCAAAUGCUGUGAAUGUAAACUAGCGCUGGAGUCGGAGCUUACGUGUUUUGCCAAGGAUGGGAGUAUCUAUUGCAAAGAGGAUUACUACAGAAGGUUCUCCGUGCAGAGGUGCGCGCGCUGCCACCUCGGGAUAUCGGCCUCGGAGAUGGUGAUGCGAGCGCGCGACUCCGUGUACCACCUGAGCUGCUUCACGUGCACCACUUGCAACAAGACGCUGACCACGGGCGACCACUUCGGCAUGAAGGACAGCCUGGUUUACUGCCGGCUCCACUUCGAGACGCUGGUGCAGGGACCGGAAUACCACCCCCAGCUCAACUUUGCCGAGCUGGCAGCCAAGGGCGGCGGCCUCACCCUACCCUACUUCAACGGCACCGGUACGGCACAGAAGGGAAGGCCGCGCAAGAGGAAGAGCCCGGCUAUGGGGAUAGAUAUACCCAGCUACAACACAGGCUGUAACGAGAAUGACACCGAUCACUUGGACCGGGACCAGCAGGCCUACCCUCCAACACAGAAGACCAAACGCAUGCGGACCUCCUUCAAACACCAUCAGCUGCGGACAAUGAAAUCCUACUUUGCCAUCAACCACAACCCGGACGCCAAGGACUUAAAGCAGCUGGCCCAGAAAACAGGCCUCACUAAGAGAGUUCUACAGGUUUGGUUCCAAAACGCAAGAGCCAAAUUCAGAAGGAACGUUUUGCGACAGGAGAAUGGAGGUGUUGAUAAGGCUGAUGGCACCUCACUCCCUCCACCCUCAUCCGACAGUGGGGCCCUGACCCCCCCCUCCAGCGCGGCCACACUAACAGACCUGACAAACCCCUCUAUCACUGUAGUGACCUCCGUCACCUCUAGUUUGGACAGCCAUGAUUCGGGGAGCCCUUCGCAAACUACCUUGACAAACCUUUUCUAA